AUGUCAUUGCCCUUAUUGGACUAUGAUUAUGGCUAUGAUUCAACAAAAAUUAAAACUGCGCAUUUAUCAUCAGCUCGUACAAUAUCAAUAAUAUUAAAUAUAAUUUUAUCUAUUACAAUAUGUUUAUUUAGUUUUUCUUUAAUACAUUUUCUUACUACUAGAGAUCUUCGGGUUAACGCAUCAGAACAUCAAUUAUUAGUCGCUCAACAAUUUCAGAAAGUUGCGGAUCUUUCAACUACAAGAUGCUAUUACGAUUAUGAUUGUUAUUCGAACAAUAUGGCAUUGUAUCAAAAAAAUAAAACUCGGCGAUUUUUUUAUAUUGAUCUCGGUUGUUUUGAUGGUCAUGAUAUUAAUUUGUUUUUACAUUUUCAUGAAAGCCACAUCGCAAAAUUAGGAAAACUGUUUAUAAUUGCCUUUGAACCUGAUCCCAUAAAUUUCUCUGCCUGUAAAUCAACACAAGAUCUAUAUCCAUUUCUUGGAGGCGUAACUAAGAAGCUUGCUGCUUGGAUAGAAAAUGGUCAAGUACGAUAUGCAACAGAAAAAGGACAAAGAUCUAAAAUUGAUCAAAACUCAGCAUCAUUUGUUCCAUCAGUUGAUUUUUCAGAAUGGUUGAAAAUGAAUGUUCAUGCUGACGAUUAUGUUUAUGUUAAAUUUACAGUUGAAGGUGUUGAAAUACCUAUCUUAGAAAAAUUAGUUCACGAUGAAACUGUAGCAUUGAUUGAUCACAUGGAAAUUGAAUGGCACGACGAAUUAGCAGCUGAUUUCGAACCACGGCGUAUUUCACUUGAAUGUAUGUUUGAUAAUUUUGGCAUGGAUUUUCUUUAUAUGAUCAAUCCAGUUGAUUUAAAACAUGCGUACAAUAUGAACGAAACAUUUGAUACCGUACCAAAAGAUCGAGGAUGGAAAUUAAAAGAUUCGUUGCUUCGCUUCUAUUAUACAGCUCGAAAAGAAGUACCCGAGUUAAUCAAAGAAGGACUCAAACCAAAAGACAAAAAUUUGUUCUACUAA